AUGGGCGAAGACAUGGUUAGCACGCGCCGACUGCUCGAGCAAGAUCCCAACGCGAAAUGGGGCUUUAUCGUGUAUCGCUGCACCUACGAACGCGAUGAUCAAUGGGCGCGCUUCUUACAGUAUCUCAAUACGCGUACAAGACUGCGACUGGAGGAACAGGGCAACGGAGACCUGUUCGAGCGCAUCGACUGGCAAGUACAGGAGGACCGAGAAAGUUUCGAUCACGCUGGCCCUAGAGCACUGAGGAGGCAUUUCACCGAGGAGGUCCUGCCCACCCUACCGAAUCCCAGCACCUCUCGCCAUCACGCCUUCGUCGCCGUUUAUCAACUUACCCUUCAUCGAACGCUCACGAAGGCUCCCCCUGCUGAGGAGUUCGACGCCUACGGUAUGGGCUUCGUAACAUUGGUGUCAAGGCAUGAGAACGAGGCGAUUGUUCUUGCGUAUCUCGCGCUCGGUGUUCUUGUGGCUGUCAUCUGGACUGGCCGUGCACGCGUGUUUCGCGAUGAGGAACAGCCGUUACUGCGCCCGAGCUCACCAAAUGACACGAUUGUCAACCCUGAGGACCAUCUACUACGUCCUCAACUACCGAGCGAAGAUAGCUCGUCGUCCACUAUCUAUUCUUUAUCACAGGAUCUUGACCCUCAGAAAUAUGAAAUCCGGAUCCUUCGACUCCAUGCAGGUGUUCCAGGAUGCAAGCUUGAAGCCAGUCUGCAGAUUGAGUCUCUGGGGCCAGAUAUCAAACCCUCUCCGUACGAAGCUUUGUCAUAUGUCUGGGCUGAGAUUCCAGGCGAGGCGGAGAUUCGCGUUGAUGGCAUACAACACAAGAUCACGAGGAACCUUGGUCAAGCUCUCGAGCAAUUUCGAUAUAGCGAUCGCGACCGUUUGCUGUGGGUCGAUGCUAUUUGCAUCAACCAAAACCACAGCAUAGAGCGCGGUCAUCAAGUGCGACUGAUGGGAACCGUAUACGCCCGAGCUUCCGGUGUUCUUAUCUGGCUGGGUGCUGAGACUCACGACAGCGCACAAGCAAUGCGCGAUCUGGAGACGCUUAGUGAAGACAAGCACUUUCGUCAACUCAGCUUCUUUGGAAGUGUGGAUGACGCGAGUGGGGAUUGGGUGCCAGCGCCCACAGAAAGAAUCAAUCCACUCGAGAACCUUAUGAAACGAACCUACUGGUCUCGUGUGUGGGUAGUCCAGGAGAUCGUCCGCUCUAGAAAUGCUACUCUAAUAUGCGGUUCAUCGUCCAUUAGCUGGGAUACGUGCCUCAAGGUUCGCGACAAUUGGCCAAAACAUUCACGCACAUGCUGCAACGCCGAGUGUACUGUUAUCGAUCCCCGUAUGCGGCGUGUCAUGAAUUGGUUAAACAGUAGCUGGAAGAAGUACAGCAGUAACAACAGCGACCUAUUAUCAACUCUCAACCAGACACGUGCCCUAGCUGCUUCUGAUCCUCACGACAAGAUCUUCGGUGCACUUGGAUUGGUCGACGAUGAUCCUUCUCUUCUCGACCCUGACUACGAUUCUCCUUAUACCGUUGUUUUUACGGAGUGGACCUCUCAUAUAUUCAAAACCACACAGACUCUCGACAGUCUAUUGCACACCAACUUCUUGUUACGAAGUCCGGAUAUUCCGUCAUGGGUUCCGGAUUGGUCGCAGUACAAUCCCAAAGUUCGUUUCCAGGCAGAACGAUUGGAGCAUCACCGUCAUGUAUACAACUCCUUCAAUUCAGGUGGUAGCUCAGGACUGGGAUCGAGAUAUUUUUCGAAUGGCAAACUACUGCGCCUCGGAUGCGUACACCUAGGAACUGUCAGUAGCAUUGGGCAGAGGUUGGUUUACGACCGGGAAGAGAACCUCACAGAUGACCAAAAUCAGAUUGGGGCGAUCAAGAAGUGGAACGAAGUCCUCAACACGUGGGCUCAUGUUGCAGGCCUUCCUGAUGCCGGAGUUGCGACAUACCCUGCGGGCAACACCUACAAAGACGCCUACUGGAGAACCCUAAUUUCUGACCACAUCACCGAGGUCGGUACGUACCUUGGAACUCGUAUUUCUGCAAAUGAUUAUCAUCGCUACGAAUCGUGGCGCCAAUGGUUCUCGGAGCUCGUGCAGCAGCCAGAUGAAAGGAAGACCGCAUUCUAUAAAGACUGUCUCGGUGAAAACCGCGACCAUGAUCGAUUCGACUGGACGAUCAUGAAUAUGAACUAUGGCCGAAGAAUGUUCCGUAUCAAUAAUGGUAUGAUUGGGAUGGGAUCGGCAGAUAUGCUGCAGGGCGAUCGCGUUGUAAUCUUGUGCGGUGGCAGAACGCCGUUCUUGGUGAGGCCAGUAGACCCCGAAUCCGCUUCCAAGGGCCAAGCACAUCAGAUUAUAGGCUACGCGUACGUACACGGCAUUAUGCACGGAGAAGCAGCACCUGCGAAUGACGAAGGCUGGGACAUCAUCUCCUUUGUCUAA